AUGUCUUUGUCAUCAUCAACAACAAACUCAAAUUCAAAAAAUAAAAAAGGUAAUCAUAAAAGUGAUAAGGUCUAUGACCUAACACCAUAUGAUGCCCCAAGAUUACAGGGAUUUUUAUUAAAGUCAACAGUUUUCUUGUGUGAGUCUCAUUAUUUAAAAAAUUCAUUUUUAUCAACCCUUUAUGUAAAAAAUAAAGUACCUGUUAUUACACAAUUUAAUACAGACAAUAUGCCAACAUUUUACCCAAUUGUCGAAAAACAACCAGAGGGCGAUUUUAAAUUUAAAAAAUAUUUUGCAGAAGAUAUAUUUUUAGAUCAAAAUUUAAUUGAUAUUUGUCAAUCAUCAUCACAAAAUGAAUCAUCCUCAUCAUCCUCAUCAUCAAAUAUUAAUAUACCAGAAAAUAACUCAAUAUUUAUCUAUAAUAAACUAUACAAGAGCAAUAAAGCAUCACCAAAUGAUAUUUUAAAUAACUUCAUUGAGGUUAAAAAUCAUUCAGAUGAACAAUCACCACCAUUAGCAGCAUUUAUUAAAGUAUUAGAAAGUGAUAUUAAAGAACAAGCAAAUCAAAGCUCAGAACGUUGGAAAAAUAAGGAGCCACUUUCAAUUUUAGAUGGUGUACCAAUUUCAAUUAAAGAUGAAUUGGAUCAAAUAGGCUAUCAUACCACUUGUGGUACCACUUUCCUCAGUAAAUGUUAUCCAAAUGUAAAAGAGGAAGAUUCAUUUGUAGCUAAAAAACUUCGUGAAAGAGGAGCAAUUCUAGUUGGUAAAAAUAAUAUGCAUGAAAUUGGUAUUUCAACUUUAGGCUACAAUACUCAUUUUGGUUUUACUCGUAACCCAUAUAAUAUCAAUCACUAUCCAGGUGGAAGUUCAUCUGGUUCUGCUGCCUCAGUUUCAUCAGGUUUAAAUCCAAUUAGUAUUGGUUGUGAUGGUGGUGGUUCAAUUAGAGUACCUGCAUCAUUAUGUGGAGUUGUUGGAAUAAAACCAACUUUUGCAAGAGUGUCCCACGGCGGUGUAUUUGAGUUGUGCUAUUCAGUUGGUCAUAUUGGACCCAUCGGUUCCUGUGUAGUUGACACUGCUGUAGGUUAUGCUUGUAUUGCCGGGGCUGAUCCAAAAGACCCCCAAUCAGUUACAGCAGAGCAAUUGGGUGGUAAACCAACAUUACCAAUUUUCACUGAAAUCCCAAUGGAGCAACCACUAAAGGGUUUGAAAAUAGGUAUCUUUAAAGAUUGGAUAAAUGAUUGUAUUGAAGAUAUUAAAGAACAAACUUAUAAGUGUAUCGAUAUUUUAAGAGAGCAAGGGGCUGAAAUUGUUGAAAUCGAAAUACCAAAUCUUUUAGUAAGCAGAAUUUCUCAACUUGUAUUGAUUUUAUCAGAAAUGAAAACCUCAAUGAAAAGAUUUAAAAACCACAACAAUGAAUUUCAACUUGAUAGUAGAAUAUCAUUAGCAAUUGCAGGGAUGUUUACAGCAGAGGAUUAUAUUCAAUCAAAUAGAAUUAGAACAUAUUGUAUUGAGGAGCUUAAAAAGAUAUUCACAAAUGUUGACGCAAUUGUAACUCCAACAAACGGUGUUGUGGCUCCAGAAAUUGAAAAAGGUGUACCCCAACUAGGUGAAGUUAAUAUUCGUGCUGUUGGUGAUCUUAUGAAAUUCGUAUUCCUUGGUAACAUCUCUGGUAUACCAGGUAUUUCAAUUCCAAUUGGUGUUACCAAACAGAAUAAUUUACCAAUAGGUUUCCAAAUUAUGGGUAAAUGGUGGGAAGAAGAUUUGUUAUUUUACAUUUCAUUUGUUUUAGAAAGAAAUAUUAAAUUUAAUGGUAAACCACAAUAUUUCAACUCUCCAUUAAAAGUUUCCAUUGAAAAUAACAACAGCAACAGCAACAAUAAUAAUAAUGAAAGUACCAAUGAAAAUAAUAAAGAAAACAAUACCAAUAUUCCAACAAAUAAUAAUGAAGAAAACAAAUCAGAUAAAUAA